UUUACAUUUUGAUUUGUGAAAUCAAUGUCCGUUUCUCACUGUUGGUAAUGGGGAGGGUUCUUUUGUGUGGAAGAUGAGAGUGUAAAUGAGAGAGAGAGAGAGACUUGGCUAUUAAUUUUGGUUGUAUGUAAUUGGAUUUACUGCUUCCACAAGUGAAUGCGCAUUUGAUGUAAAGGAGUUAGCUUGCUUUUAAUUAAGAGAGAGAGAAAGAAAGAAAGAAAGGGAAAGAUAAACAGAAAGGUGCAUGUUUUUAGCUGGUUAAUGGAGGUCUGGUUUUUGGGUUGAAGAAGGGAUCUUUAUACACUAUGUUCUUCUUCUCUUAAACUUUUUUUUUUCGGGAUCUGGGUUUUGCGGGUUGUAGUUCUACUACGGCUUCAGUUGUUUAGCCUUUGACUCGUGAAUCUCUUCAUUGGGUUCCCUUCCAAGUUUUUGUCUUUCUUGUACUUUUUCCUUCAAAGAAAAAUGGGCUUUUGACUUUUUCUAUACUUCCAAUUCUAUGUUCUUGUCUGUGUGUUGUGCACCAGAAUAUUUCUUUUUGGUCCUGUCAUCGGUUUCUUUUCUCAGGUUGGAGCCUGAGAUUUUUUAUUUUUUUGGAAUUUCCUUCCUCUUAAACUUUUUUGGUUCCUUAUGAGUUGUUCCUCUCUUAAUCGAAUCCUUUUUAGCUGAAUUUAGGGCUUUUCUGAUCUGGUACAAGAUUCCUCCCUUUUGCUUUGAGCCUUAGGUUUUGAAAAUUGAACCCAUUUGGUAGAAAAAAAAAAGUGGUGCGGGGAGGGGGGUGGUUGUUGGAUGCGUUAAAGACUUCUUGUGCUCUUCUUCUUCCUGGGUUUUGUCUCAAGUUUAGGCUUUGAUGCAUCUUUCACUGUGGAAGCCCAUAUCUCACUGUGCUGCUCUUAUCUUAGACAAGAAGAGCAGGAGAAGAUAUGGCUCUGAAUCAGCUGCUGAAAUCAAGAAGAACCCGUCUGUUCUCCGAAAACUACACGAGAACAAACUCAGGGAAGCACUUGAAGAAGCAUCUGAAGAUGGGUCUUUGUUCAAGUCUCAGGACAUGGAACCUGAUUCACUAGCCGAUCAAGAUGAGAGCUUGGGACGAUCAAGGUCCCUUGCAAGACUCCAUGCUCAGCGUGAAUUUCUGCGAGCCACUGCUCUUGCCGCGGAGAGAACAUUUGAGAGCGAAGAUUCUAUCCCCGGUGCGCUUGAGGCUUUCAAUAAGUUCCUCAUAAUGUACCCAAAAUACCAGUCAUCGGAGAAGAUUGAUCAGUUGAGGUCAGAUGAGUACGCACAUUUGUCACCAAAGGUAUGCCUUGAUUAUUGUGGAUUUGGGCUUUUCUCUUAUGUUCAAACCUUGCAUUACUGGGAGUCUUCUACAUUUAGCUUGUCUGAGAUAACUGCCAAUUUGAGUAACCAUGCGCUUUAUGGUGGUGCUGAGAAAGGCACUGUUGAAUAUGACAUAAAGAGUAGGAUAAUGGAUUAUUUGAACAUUCCUGAGCAUGAGUAUGGCCUUGUGUUUACUGUGAGUAGAGGGUCUGCGUUUAAGUUGUUGGCUGACUCGUAUCCUUUUCAUACAAAUAAGAAACUAUUGACCAUGUUUGAUUAUGAGAGUCAAUCGGUGAAUUGGAUGGCUCAGAGUGCUAAGGAGAAGGGUGCAAAAGUUCACAGUGCUUGGUUUAAGUGGCCAACUCUUAAACUUUGUUCUACUGAUUUGAGAAAGCGGAUAUCGAAUAAAAAGAGGAGGAAGAAGGAUUCAGCUACUGGGCUUUUUGUAUUCCCUGUGCAGUCUAGAGUAACUGGGGCUAAGUAUUCAUAUCAGUGGAUGGCAUUGGCUCAGCAGAACCAUUGGCAUGUCUUGCUUGAUGCAGGGUCAUUGGGUCCCAAAGACAUGGAUUCACUUGGACUGUCCUUGUUUCGGCCUGAUUUCAUUAUCACGUCAUUCUACAGGGUCUUCGGAUAUGAUCCAACUGGCUUUGGGUGCCUUCUUAUUAAAAAAUCUGUCAUGGGAAGCCUUCAGAACCAGUUUGGAUCAACUGGUUCUGGGAUGGUGAAGAUUACCCCCGAGUAUCCGCUCUAUCUGAGUGAUUCUAUAGAUGUUCUUGAUGGAUUGGGUGGAAUUGAGGACAAUGAAGUUGGUGAAAAUGGUGAUAAGCCCUCUGAAAGCCGUUCGGGGACACAGUUGCCCGCCUUUUCUGGUGUCUUCACAUCUUCUCAGGUUCAGGAUGUGUUCGAGACAGAAAUGGAUCAAGAUAAUAGUUCUGAAAGAGAUGGAGCAAGCACCAUAUUUGAAGAAACCGAGAGCAUCUCUGUAGGUGAAGUGAUGAAGAGUCCCGUCUUCAGCGAAGAUGAGUCAUCAGACAACUCAUUCUGGAUUGAUUUGGGUCAGAGUCCACUGGGGUCAGACAGUGCAGCUCAGUUGACUAAACAAAAAAUUGCCUCCCCUUUUCCUCCAUUUUGGUUUAGUGGCAAGAAGAACCACAAGCGGCCCUCUCCAAAGCCAACAGCAAAGAUAUAUAGCAGCCCAUUAUAUGAUGAUAAAGAUGUUAACUUGGGACAUGAUGAUCAUCAUGUGUUAUCAUUUGAUGCUGCUGUUCUAUCAGUUUCGCAGGAGCUGGACUGUGUGAGGGAGGUCCCUGAAGAAGAACAAUUCUCAGGAGCAAACAUCACCUCACAAAAUCAUGUCAAGGCUUCAGGCCGUUUGCAUGUUGUGGAAAUCAAGGAAGAACAGGAUACCAGCAAGCCACUUUCUGUGGGGACUGUAUCUGGUUCAGCUAUGAAUGGAACUUGCUGCAACAAUUCUUCUGUCCUUCAGAAUAAUGGCCCGGCAAAUGGCUCAACUUCUGAAAUUUCCUCAGAGAUUAAAGAGAGUGCCAUAAGAAGGGAAACUGAAGGUGAAUUUAGGUUGCUUGGGAGAAGGGAAGGAAAUAGAUAUAACGGUGGUAGAUUUUUUGGGUUAGAAGAUGAACAUCCAAGCAGGGGAAGAAGGGUAUCAUUUAGCAUGGAGGAUAGUCAUAAAGAGCACCUGAGUCAUAGUUUGGCGCCAGGAGAAGUGCCUGUGACCAGCCUUGACGAUGAAGACUACAGCAGUGAUGGAGAAUAUGGUGAUGGACAAGAUUGGGACAGGAGGGAGCCUGAGAUAAUAUGUCGGCAUCUUGACCAUGUUAACAUGUUGGGGCUCAAUAAAACCACUCUUAGAUUACGGUUUUUAAUUAACUGGCUUGUAACCUCAUUACUACAGCUCAAAUUACCUAAUUCAGAUGGAGAUAGUAGAGUGAAUCUUGUUCACAUUUAUGGCCCAAAAAUAAAGUACGAAAGGGGUGCAGCGGUGGCUUUCAAUGUGAGGGAUAGAAACAGGGGCCUAAUAAAUCCUGAGAUUGUACAGAAGUUGGCUGAAAGAGAAGGUAUCUCUGUUGGUAUUGGUUUCCUCAGUCACAUACGAAUAUUAGAUGGCCCACGACAACAGCGAGGGGCUUUGAACUUUGAAGAUGCUACCCUAUGCAGGCCUACGGAAAAUGGGCAACAAGACAGGAAAAGUGGGUUCAUAAGAGUCGAGGUUGUUACAGCUUCUCUAAGCUUCCUGACAAAUUUUGAGGAUGUCUAUAAGUUGUGGGCAUUUGUGGCAAAGUUCCUUAACCCUUCAUUCAUCAGGGAGGGUACACUUCCGACCGUUGCGGAAGAAGAAUCAGAGACUUAACGUCUGCAAUUGAGCAAUUCAAAAUCAUUUGCAAAAUAAUCCCAGAGUCUGAGUGGAAGCUAAAGAAGACCCUGAGAGGAUUUGGUGGUACCAUUAUAUGCAUAUGGUUUGCUCUUCCUUAAGACGUUUGGAUGCAACAGGGUGAAUUUGUUAAUUCAUAUUUAUUGUUGCUUGAAGUUUUCUUUCUCUCAUUUUGGGUUAUUGUAGAGUUGGUUUUAGUUUUAGAAAUAUAUUUGUACUAUUUUGGAUGUUAUCCUGACCUUAAAAGCAGAAGUAUAUUUCCUACCAGUUUUCAGUCUGCUUUUGGUUUAUACACAUUUCAUUUAUCUUUGUAAAAAGAAGCAGCUAAUUUUUA